AGGAACACGAUCACCAAACAGACCCUCGAAUUAGGAGGUCAUCGACUCUUGGCCUCGGAUAGCUCAAGCCAGGCUGAGUGGCCAGCCUUGCCCUGGACGGCCCCCUUCACAAAAAUAACUCGUAUUCCGGUCCCUGAGCCUCAGCCAUCUGUGCGACUGACCAACCAGAUCCCCCGAUAAUCCAGGUCCUCGGAUUAAGACUGUGACUCUUCACGUUGCCCGCCGUCUGGGCGUCGUAUAAUUCCCCAGAUCACGGAGCCAGCGCAUCAGCAGGAGGUCUACAUAAUGGGGCGCCUUCCCAUGUGGAAAUGUCGACUCUUUCGCGACCUGCAGCGCCCAAGUGUAUUGGGUACUAUUUAUGAGAUAGCGCAUUCCUGCUGAUUCACGAUGGCUCCCCGACGCGGUGGAGGCUCCUCUGGUGGUUAUUCGUCCGGAUCUAGUAACCAGUGCUCCGACUACGAUGCCUUUGCGACGACCUUUGCCCGGAUUUAUAUCGCCUUCCAUGCGCUGUUCUUCCUCGUAUUCGUUACCGUCUUCUUUAUCCUGGUCGCAAAACACAAGCGCACCAAGCGAGUCGCCAAGGCACCCUUACUGUGGUUUUGUCUCUACUUCUCAAUCAUUUUCUCGAUCAUAUCGACUGCCCUGAGCAUCAUCUUCAACACCCUCUCGGAAUGCGGCAUCUUCGUAGGAAAUGACGCAUACCGCGCCAGCAUCUCCAUCGACUGGCUCGGCACCACGGCCACUCUGCUGGUCAUCCUCGCCAUCAUGUUCCCAAUCUCUCAACGUCUCCAUCACGGAAACAAAGGCAUGGGCGGCUUGGUUCGGAUCGCGCACUCCGUCACGCUUGGCCUCUUUGCCAUCCUUCUGAUCGUCUCGCUCAGCAUUACCACGAGGGUCGUGGAUGCGCUGUAUUCGUCUGGUUACCGGUACGGUCUCGGGUCUGAUAUCGCAGACUUGGCCAUCCAUCAGCGCAGAAUCUGGGUGGCUUGCUACGCAAUGGGUGUCAUUUGCAUGCUGGUGGCCGCUGCGACGAUGUUGUUCGCGUUGGUGCGCAACCCGAAUUUCAGACGAGGUUCUCUGCGCAUUGGAAUCCCCCUACUCAUCCUAUCCUCCCUCGCCAUGACCCUUCUCGACCUGGGCGGAUACAUUCACAACACGUACGGUAGCUUUUCGUCCUACCGUUCCACAAGGUAUCUUGAGCAGUCGUACGAGGCACAGCUUUUCCUGCGAUACUUCUUCUACACCUGCGCGUUCCUGAGUACCCUGCUGGUCGGCAGCACGGCGGAUCUGCAUGGCAGCUACGCUCCGCGGUUUGACCUGCAGGCGCCAGCUCCGCCGAUGUACCAGCCACGAGUGCACUAGGUUGGACAGGAAGUUUCGAUAGGAUGGUUGUGGCUAGUGGGAGAUGGCCAGAUUAUUAAUGUAAUGUUUGAUUUUGGGCUGAAGACGCCCACUUAGCUGGAAUAUACCCCGUACUGAAUUGGAUUCUAAUUUCAUUGUCAAACCGCUAUACAAACUCUCGGAGAGUCUGGAUUCCUAGAGACAAGAGACAUAACUGUAUAUUCCGGUAAAGCGGCGUCACCUUAUCCUUACUAUAGCAGAUCAUUACAGACACUACGGC